AUGACUGUUUCUGAAUAUGCAGAUAAGUUUAAACAUCUGCUACGCUUCCAUACAUUGGCAAUGAAUGAGGAAUAUCAAUGUAGGAAGUUUGAGAACGGUCUGAGAUGCGACCUCAAGAUAUUGGUGGUGGGGUUUUGUAUUCGGCAGUUUCCAGUCCUAGUUGAAAGGGCAAAGAUGAUGGAGCGGAUGAAGCGAGAGUCCGAUAGCCAGAGUAGCCAACCACUGAGGGUUGGUGGACCAGUGACAUCUAGGAGUGGAUCGAGUUCCAGAGUGACUUCAUACUCUAGACCAACUGCUUCUCAUGGGUCUAGAGGUUCUUCAUCAUCAUCCCACUCCUUCGUUCCUCAAACUCCAGUGAGUACGCCUGGAGAUAUCCGUUGUUUUGGGUGUGGCGAACCUCAUCUGCUAUCUGUUUGCCCUCAGAAGGCAGGAUUCAGGAGGUGUAACAGGUGCAGACAGUCGGGACACUUCGAGAGAGAUUUCCCUAUGGGUAGGAGGGUUGUUGUUCAUCCCCAGCAGGCCGGCAAAGCUAUUCAGAGGGGUGGUGUUAGACCUCUGGCGACAGGCAGAGUGUACGUUGUGACAGGUGCUGAGGCUGCCAGCUCAGGUAACCUCAUCAUUGGUAAUUGUCUGUUGCGUGAGAAGACUUGCAUGGUAUUGUUUGAUUCGGGGGCAACACAUUCCUUUAUCUCUGAGGAAUGUGUUGAGAAGUUGGGGUUAGUAGUGGAGAGGUUACAUUUUGAUCUAGUGGUGUCUACACCAGCAUCUGGGUUGAUCAAGACAUCAAAUGUCUGUAUUCGAUGCCCGAUUGUGGUAAAGGGACGUCGGUUCAAGGUGAACCUCAUCUGCUUGCCUUUACAAGGAUUAGAGAUCAUCCUUGGUAUGGAUUGGUUAUCUACCAAUCAUAUCCUCCUAGAUUGCGGCGAGAAGAAGUUAGUGUUCCCUAAUGAACACAAGUAUCAGCCUAUUUCCCUCGGUGUUCUGAGGCAGGAGAUCUUUGAGGGAGCUAGUUGUUUCCUUGUCAUGUUUCACAUAGAGGGAGACUCCUCCAUGCCAUUAGAUCAAGCUGCCAAUCUUCCAGUGGUAGCUGAUUUCUUAGAUGUCUUCCCAGAGGAAGUUCCUGGACUACCUCCUCCUAGAGAGGUAGAAUUCUCUAUAGACCUUGUGUCACAAGCAGGGCCUAUAUCUAUUGCUCCUUACCGUACGGCGCCUGCUGAGCUUGCUGAGUUGAAGAAACAGAUCGAAGAAUUGCAUGAAAAGCAAUUUAUUAGACCCAGUGUCUCCCCCUGGGGUGCUCCAGUGUUACUUGUGAAGAAGAAAGAUGGUAGUUCUCGUCUGUGUGUGGACUACCGGCAAUUAAAUAAAUUGACGAUCAAGAACAAAUACCCGCUGCCUAGGAUUGAUGAUUUGAUGGAUCAACUACACGGAGUGACCAUUUUCUCUAAGAUUGAUCUGAGGUCGGGAUACCAUCAGAUAUUGGUCAAAGCUGAUGAUGUGCAGAAGACAGCUUUCCGGUCUAGAUAUGGUCAUUAUGAAUACGUAGUCAUGCCUUUUGGUGUGACCAACGCCCCCGACCAUUUUUAUGGACUAUAUGAACCGGAUUUUCCGACCAUUCCUGGAUAA